AUGCCUGAACCGUUUCAGGGUGUCCCUGAAGAUAUCAGCGUUGACAGGACCCCAUCGGACGCCCUUUAUCAACUCAUACACCCCGAGUGCAUAAUCCACAAGGCGGUGACUGUGAAAUCUUUGAGCAGGUGCAGCAGAGUGCGCCCAGAGGAUAUCCUUCUGCAAGUUACACCGCAAGUAGAACCACUGCGGUCUGCAGCCCGCCCUCUCCCAAGCCUCAUAGCCGUGCGCGAGUCGCCAACAGUUCCCAAGAACCCCAGUAUUCUUCUCGAGGCGGACGAGAUCGGGAUAGCGCCCCAGAACCACAGCUCUCGACUCGUAACAGAGAGCCCCGAGCUUCUGGAUCAUGAGUUGAGAUUCGACUGGGUGGACGGGGAGGGUGUGGUCUGGCCAGGCGGGGACGAAGCUACCUCCGACGACGAUCUGUUCGACGAGUGGGCUUCGAGGAUGGUGCGACAUGGCGAUUCCGAGGGAGACUCCGAGGAUGAGGUAUCGGUCCUCGUUGACUGUCAAGCAGAGGUUCCAAAUCUCUUGCCGGAGCUCGUAGGGAAGGUGGUUGAACGACAUGGCGCACGGGUUCUGUGA